AUGCACUUGGAUAGCUCCUUUUUGGAGUCAUUUGCUGCAGGUCACAUUCCCGAGAGAAUUCCAAGCACCUUGAACCGUCUCAAAUUUCUUGCUUUAUUUGAUGUCUGUUAUGAUAUUCUUGAUCACGUCUCACGCGCUCUUUGCUUGCUUAGAAGCUUCCCAAAUUUAGAGAGAGUUGAAAUCAGUAUUUAUGAUGAUGUUCCCAAUCGAGAUCCUGUUCUUCGAAAAGUGAAGAUCCGGGACUUUUCAGGUGCAGAAUCUGAAAUGCACUUUGCAAAGAUUCUUUUGGCACAUUCAACCGUACUCGAGAAGAUGGAAAUAUUUCACAAUCCAGAUAUUUCUGAUGUAGGAGUUGCGAUGUUAGACGAGUUGACACGAUGUCCUAAAGCAUCUCCGAAAGUAGAAGUUGUGUACAUGCCGCAGGGUCCUGAUUAUACUUGGAUACUCAAGUUUAUCAGAUUUUAUCCCACCUAA